GAGAAGAUCGGCCAUAUCCCGAACGCUAAAUACAAGGCGGAAGAUGAGGUUAUGCAAUUUUUUUUAUUCUGAGUGGAACAAAGCCGCUAACCCUUGAUGAUACUGGGGCGGUGCCGAAACUUUUACCUCUAGACGUGGCCCGUUACAGCGGACAUAGGCUCCCAGUUGGGUUUAGGCUACUGUAUCACGCUCAAGCCGGUGUGUCGUCACACUGAUGGUGUGACUUUUGAUUUCAGUGAACAAUUUGAUAGUGCAAGCAACUCAUGCGCAGCUCUCCUGUACAGUGUGUCCCGACCCAGGAUAAUGUUCCUUAUACAGAGCUCGAGAGGAUUACAACUCGCCUUCCGAAUUUAUAAGCGAAGUCAUCAUCACUCAGUUGGAAUUAUUGGAGCGCCUUUUUCAAAAGGACAGCCGAGGGAUGGUGUGGAGAAAGGACCAGACCUCAUUCGCUCCGCCGGAUUGGUGGAAAAGCUCAGAGCGCAAGGCUGUGCAGUCAAAGACUAUGGCAACGUGGCGUUUGAGGAGGUGGCCAACGAUGAGCCCAUAGGCAAUGUGAAGAGACCCAGAGCGGUGGGCAGCGCCAACCAACGUCUGUCUGCUGCCGUCCACGCCGUGAAGAAUGACGGAUACACCUGUGUGAUGCUGGGAGGAGACCACAGUUUGGCGAUAGGCUCGAUCCAGGGGCAUGCAACAGCUAAGAAGGACCUCAGUGUGGUAUGGGUGGACGCCCAUGCAGACAUCAACACACCCCUGACCUCCCCUACAGGCAAUAUCCACGGACAGCCCAUGUCCUACCUCAUCCACGAGCUGCACUCCAAGAUUCCAGUUCUGCCCAACUUCUCCUGGAUAAAGCCAUGCGUAUCAGCCAAAGACAUAGUCUACAUUGGCUUGAGAGACGUGGAUCCAGAAGAGCACCAUAUCCUGAAGUUGCUGGGUAUCAAAGGUUACUCCAUGACAGAGGUGGAUCGCCUUGGAAUAUCCAAAGUGAUGGAGGAGACAUGUGACUACAUCUUCUCAAAGGUGAAGAAGCCCAUCCACCUGAGCUAUGACAUCGAUGCCCUGGACCCAUCCAUCUCCCCGGCCACAGGAACCCCAGUAGUGGGAGGGCUGACCUACAGAGAGGGAGUCUACAUCACAGAGCACAUCUGUCAGACAGGGAUGCUGUCUGCAGUGGACAUGGUGGAGGUGAACCCAAAGAGAGGCAAGACGGAGGAUGAGAUCAUCUCCACGGUCAACGCUGCAGUAGAUCUGAUACGUGGCUGCUUCGGAAAGCUCCGGGAGGGAAACCACCCUGCAGACUACAAGAUGCCCCUGCCUUGAGCUGCCAACUACCACAGAGCCUUCGAUUACAGUGAAGGGCUGUGGCCAGCACCACCUUUCUGCACUUCAAAGUCAUCUUCACUCUUUUUCUGUAAUCCAGUUAACAAAUUGCCCUUUGUAUCAAAUCAUGGAGAGAUUAAAAUAGAUACCAUAUAA